AUGGCUGGCGUGAGCACGUGGAAGUUGCUCGAGUUUGGGCAGGAACUUCCGCGUCUGCUCAUCAAGACGCGUUUCAAAGACAAUGGCUACAAUAUACAGCUCACAGAUCUGAGCAGGAUCUGGAGUGAGAGCUUGGAGCACGAAGACAUUGUCAAGCGCGCGGCCGAGGAAGGUUGCAGCAUAGAUCCUAGCGAGAACGAUCAGUAUCAAAUCUUGCUGGAGAAGAUCGAUGGAGCGAUCAGUGGCGACAAAGGCUCGACCAUCGAGCUACGAUACGAUGAUGAGCAGCACAACAGCCUGAGUCUGGAUCUAUCAGCCCCGCUUCCCGGGUCUCUUCCCACGUUGAGCUGGUCGAUUCAACUCAAGCAGCGCGAUCAGUCCGAUAUUGCGAAGGACCUCGUGACACCAUUAUUACAACAGGCCAAUCACCUUCGCCACCAAGUCCAGUUUCUCGUAGACGAGGUGGUAGCCAAAGAUCGUGUGAUAGCCAAGAUCACAGAUCGACUUGAAUCGUCCGGAAAUGAUCUCACUACGGUAUUUCCUGGGGUAUCUAACAUCAAAACGAACAGGAAACGCCCUCAGAGAGAGCAGCUUGCCGGCCAUGUCAAAGGGCUGGCAGACUUCGAUGAGGAGACAUGGAGAGCAUCGAUAGCACCGAAGAUCGACCACUUUGAAGUUUCACCGAAUCUUUUGAAUGACCUUUUGUCGGAUCUCCCCGCUCCCGAUAGCUCUGACUUCAACGAGAGCGCCAACGGAGAGUGGUGGAAGCGAUUACAGCAUGGAAAUUGCGGCAAGAUCCAGCAUGAAUCUCAUGUUGUAGGUGAUGAAGCAGGGAAGAGCCGACGGAGCGAUUCAGCUCAAGCAAAGCUUUCCGUGAACCGAAGCACUGAAGACAAAGACUUUCGAAAGCAAGACACGCCGCCCCAUCUCAGCCAUAGAUCUCAUUCUCGAAACAGAAGUACCGCAACUUCACAAGACAGUGAUGCGGCUCCGCGGAUUGCCCCAGUUGCCCUUGCCGACGACGAGGAGACAGAAAAUGAGGAUGACCUGGACGCUGUUCCUAGUCGCACUUCCUCGUCACAGACAAAUGGGCGAUUACAGCAAGCAGCCAGCCAGAAGUCUGCUAUAGGGUCAAAUACUCCUCCAUCGAAGCGCACGGCGAAGCUUGGUGCGAUUGGUGGCAAGAGACAAAAGUCUGCCUCCCCAGAGCCGGCACAGGUACAGCGGCACGAAAGUCCACAUCCAUCCACCAGAGAGAAGACAAAGCUGGGUGCUUUCGGUGGUAAGAAGAAGCGAAGUGUGACACCAGAGACUGACGAUGAAGAGCCCAUCAAAACGCCACCCAAGCGAAAACCGAGGCUAGGGGUCUUUGGCGGACCGUCAAAGGAGUGUACCAGCGCUACUGAAGGGCAAGGGUUACAAGAACGGCGAUUGCCAACGAAGAACAAGAAAUUAGGCACCUUUGGUGGCAAGGGGCAGGGCUCGAUCCAGCGAGAUGAAACCACAGAACAAGCAGUGUCAUCAACUACGUCUCCUGCGCAGCGCAAGCUUGGCACGAUUGGAGGCAGAGCAUCGACUCGAACCGUCGAGAGUCUCCCGCCCGCCGCCCAGAAGGUCGAGGAAGUGGACCAAGACGAGAAGCUUUCGGAAGAGCCAGAGGUGGACGAGACGCCAGAAGAACGAGCAAACAGGAAGCGAGAAUUGCUGAGGAAGGAGAUGCAAGAGAAGCAUCCUGUAAAGAAAAAGAGGAAGUUCUGA